AUGUUGAAACUUGUGAAAUUGCCAAAGAAGCAAGGGCAUUUACACAACUAUGCUCUCAACCCACUUUCUGUCCCUGCAGGUCCCUGGGAAGAUAUCUCAUAUGAUUUCAUUGUCAAGUUUCCCAAGUGUAAGGGAUAUGACAGCAUUCUGGUGGUUGUAGACCGUUUCUCAAAGAUGAUGCACCUGGUUCCCUGCAAAGAAACUGCUACUGCUGAGGAUGUAGCUCAGAUGUUCUUGGAGCAUGUCUGGAAGCUACAUGGGACUCCCAAGCGCACUGUGUCUGACAGAGGGACUACAUUCAACUCCAAGUUCCUCAAAGCACUCUACAAAUCUCUGCAAAUCACUCCUAGUUUCUCUACUGCUUAUCACCCACAAUCUGAUGGACAAACUGAGAUCAAGAACCAAUGGCUAGAGGCUUACCUACGUCCCUUCAUUAAUCAUAGACAGUCUGAUUGGGUUGAUUGGCUUCCACUGGCUGAAUUUGCUCACAACAAUGCCAGAAGCAAAGCAACAGGCAAAUCGCCCUUUGAGAUUGUGUAUGGACGUUCUCCUGUCAUUUCACCACUCCUGGAACCCACUGGAUCACCUAUUGCAGAUGACAGAGCCAAGCAACUGGCUGAGACUAUUCAGGAAGUACAGGCAUCAAUCAAAUGGGCUCAGGAGCGCUACAAACAGGCAGACACAGGGAAACACCUCCUGAGUUUCAACCAGGAGACAAAACCACAAACAAUAUGGCCCUUCCCUGUCAUAGAAAGAGUGGGCUCUCACGCCUAUUGCCUGGCUCUCCCUGAGACCAUGAGAAUUCAUGAUGUGUUCCAUGUCAGCCUAUUGUCUGCUUUCAAACAAGACACAGAGUUUGAUUGCACAUUCACUCCUCCGCCGCCUGUAAUCACAGCAGAAGGAGAAGAAGAGUACGAAGUAGACAGAUUUGUAGAUUGGGCAGCAGAAGACGGAAUCUGGAAGUACAGGGAUCUACAACAUUGCAAGGACAAAUUGCGCAACUUCUUUGCUAAUUAUCCAGAUGCCCCAGCUGCCAACAACGCCAUCCCUGCAAAUGCGCGCAGAGUUAAAAGAGGCAAGAUAGUCAAGCAACUCAACAAGUCAAAAACUGCCUGCUUUGUCACUUUACAAGCUCUCACUGCCAAAACUCGCCCUGCUAACUCUUUUUGCGCUCCCCACUAUCCCAGCAUGCCCAUCUUCAGCUCCAUCGACGCCUUGGCCUACAACCCUUGCCUGAACAUUGAUUGCUACAUCAUGAACCCCAGAGGAGAUGAGAGCACACCUAGACAGCUCUGCCAACAUAAUUCACGCUCUAAUGAGCGCCAGCAGUCGCAACAAGGUCAGGUUCUUCAAGCGCAACUGUACAAGCACCCCAAGUGGGGAUUCCUCUAUUGGCUCGACCCCAGGGGAGAAGAAGGACCAGAUACACUGUAUGGAAAGCGAGUAUACCGCUGGUGGCACUUCAUUGCCUCCCAUCCAGGUGCUUUCAGGGAUCUGGCACAAUGGCAUCGCCAUGGGUUUGCUACCCCACCCCCUACAGUCUCCACACCUCCAUCUGCAAGAGCUGACCCAGGCGAUGCAGAACCUCAUUCUGCUUUACCCAGCGGACCCACCAGCCUACACAAGCAGGCCAGCAACGCCAUGACCCCUCCAGCACGCCCAGACACUCCCAGGCCAACAGAGCAUGCACCAGCCCUUGCCCUUCCCCCUAUUCUCCAGCACGCCAGACACUUGCUGGACCCCAGGGUACUUGUCCCCAGUGAGAGAAACACAAUGGGAGCCUCAGAACUACCUAGGAUGGAGCAAUGA